AACCUAGAUAUGGAUUUACAUUUAACAAGGUCAAUUAAUGCAAUUGGUAUUCAAUCUGAGCCUGAAUCCAAUUGUAACCCAUUGAUUUUGCUGUUGAUAAUCCGAAUUCUUGUAUAGAUUACAAUCCAGUCCACAAAUCGCCAACUUAUUGUUCCCGAUUCAUCCACCUCAUUGAUCCGAUGUUGGCAGCAGCAUGCACCGCCACCGUAUUCUACCCGCGUUUUACUCCAGACUCCGCCAUCCGCGCCGCUCCGGCAUUGAAUCCAACUCUUUCCGUUAACUACUCGCUUCACCGACCUUGUCGUUUACUUACUUCCUCACCGCCGGCUGAUUUCAAGGUUUAUGGCGACAAGAAGUCACAGCUUCCCGAAGUGUUCGAUUCUUCAGAGAACGAAAAUUUAGUGUCGGAAGAACAGAGUUACGAAGAAAUCGACAUCGGAUGGUUACCUGCAUUUCCUCAUGUAUUGGUUGCUUCUAUGUCGAAUUUCCUUUUCGGUUUUCACAUCGGUGUAAUGAAUGGACCUAUUGUAUCUAUUGCCAAAGAGCUAGGGUUUGAAGGCAAUUCAAUACUUGAAGGGCUGGUUGUCAGCAUCUUCAUUGCAGGUGCUUUUCUGGGAAGUGCAGGCGCUGGUUACCUGGUUGAUCGACUUGGUUUCAAAAAAACCCUUCAGGUCGACACAAUACCUCUGAUUCUUGGUGCCAUUUUAAGUGCACAAGCCCACUCUUUGGAUCAAUUAUUAUGGGGACGAUUUUUUGUGGGUCUUGGUAUAGGAGCAAAUGCAGUUCUUGUCCCUAUUUAUAUAUCAGAGGUAGCUCCAACAAAAUACAGGGGUACAUUGGGGAGUGUGUGCCAAAUUGGCACGUGUACUGGAAUUAUCGCCUCCCUCUUUCUUGGAAUUUUCUCAGACAGUGAUCCUCAUUGGUGGAGAACAAUGCUGUAUAUAGCAAGUGUACCCGGUUUUAUUCUAGCACUUGGUAUGCAGUUUGCUGUAGAGAGCCCCCGUUGGCUAUGCAAAGCUGGGAGGCUUGAUGAAGCUAAAGAAGUUAUCUUUAAUCUGUGGGGUCCAUCUGAAGUUGAUAAAAGCAUUGAAGAAUUUCAGUCUGUUCUUAAAAAUGAUGGUGGUGAUUUGGACAGCAGAUGGUCAGAACUUCUAGAAGAGCCACAUUCUAAAGUGGCAUUGAUUGGAGGGACUCUUUUUUAUGCUGGAAUCUCAAAUGGUGCAUUGGCAAGCUUAUAUGUUGGAUUAACCAAUUUUGCAGGUGCACUUUGUGCUUUGUAUUUAGUUGAUAAACAAGGGAGGCAGAAGCUUAUAAUUGGAAGUUAUCUUGGAAUGGCAAUAUCAAUGUUUCUUGUUGCCUCUGGUAUCGGCUUUCAUUUAGAUGAAGAGCUUCGUAACAACUUAUCAAUUUUAGGGACCAUCUUGUACAUAUUGACAUUUGCAAUCGGAGCUGGUCCAGUAACGGGUCUUAUUAUACCUGAGCUUAGCAGCAGCAGGACACGUGGAAAGAUCAUGAGCUUCAGUUUUUCAGUUCAUUGGGUGUGUAAUUUCUUCGUUGGACUAUUCUUCCUGGAGGCGACAGAGAGAUUCGGUGUGGCGCCGGUUUAUGGGAGCUUUGGUGUGGUGUCGUUAUUGGCAGCGUUGUUUUCUUACUCUUUCUUGGUUGAAACUAAAGGACGGUCUCUUGAAGAAAUUGAGAUGUCACUAAACCAAAGUUUCACCGAACGGGACUAGUUGUGAUUUUUGAAAGAGAGUUGGAUAAUUUGAAUGAAAUCUAUUUGAGUGUUGACUUUAUAUUCUUAGUUUGUUAUAUGAUGAAACCU